CAAAGCGCGAAAGACGCCAUCUUGAGGAGACCCUCGGAUGCAAUGCUGGUUGGUGAUGACUGUCAACAAUUUUGGGCGCAUCAGGAUGAGAUUACCGAGUUCAAAGUGAACCCGAGUCACAUGGGUUGUGGGUUAUAAAUAUUAGGAGAGGUGCAAGAGGAGCUCUUGGACUAAUGUUCGCCGUGUGGGGUUGUUUUUAAAACGCAAAGCCCGCUAUAGCCUGAUGGCUGGCUAGCUGCUGUGAGGACCCGCGGCCUGUACGGGAGGAGGAAGGGUGGUGACGGCGCAAAAUGCUCGACUACCCCUGACUCCCAACCAGACAGUUCCAAGACAGAGACUCGCUUCGAGUUGAACGACGAGCACAAUGCACUUAGAAUUUUUUUAAAGCUCUUCGCUUUUCAAUUUUUUUAGGGGGGGUGGGGUGCUGUUUAGACGCUCCGAACGACAGUGAAUGCCGUGGCGCGUGCUCUGAAUUGCCAGCCCGAGACAUGUCAUCCAACUGCACCAGCGCAGCGCCUGUCAGCGCUAGCAAAACCAAGACGAAAAAGAAGCAUUUUAUAGGACAAAAAGUGAAACUGUUCCGUGCAAGCGAACCAAUCCUCAGCGUUUUAAUGUGGGGUGUGAAUCACACGAUUAACGAGUUAAGUAAUGUGCCUGUACCUGUAAUGCUGAUGCCAGAUGAUUUUAAAGCCUACAGUAAGAUCAAAGUGGACAACCACCUAUUUAACAAAGAAAACCUUCCUAGUCGCUUUAAGUUCAAAGAAUAUUGUCCCAUGGUGUUCCGAAACCUGAGGGAGAGGUUUUCCAUCGAUGACCAAGACUACCAGAACUCUCUGACGCGGAGUGCUCCCCUCAACAGCGACCCCCAGGGUCGUUUUGGCAAUCGGUUCCUCUCCAGCUACGACCAUCGAUUUGUAAUCAAAACUGUGUCCAGUGAGGACAUCGCUGAGAUGCACAACAUCCUAAAAAAGUACCACCAGUUCAUAGUGGAGUGUCAUGGCAACACGCUGCUCCCUCAAUUUCUGGGUAUGUACAGGCUAACAGUGGACGGGGUGGAGACGUACAUGGUAGUGACCCGGAAUGUAUUCAGCCAUCGCCUCACUGUUCACCGCAAAUACGACCUGAAGGGUUCCACAGUCUCAAGGGAAGCAAGUGACAAGGAAAAGGCAAAAGAGCUGCCCACUUUAAAAGAUAACGACUUCCUGAAUGAAGGCCAUAAGCUGCAAAUAGGAGACGACAACAAGAAGUACUUUUUGGAGAAGCUAAAACAUGAUGUGGAGUUCCUGGCCACUCUCAAGAUCAUGGAUUACAGUCUUCUCGUGGGGAUCCAUGACGUGGAACGAGCAGAGCAGGAGGAGAUGGAUGUGGAGGCUGGUGCAGAUGAAGAAGAGUAUGAGAAUGACGGGAUGGGCGGAGGGGCGCUCACUGGCUCCUUUGGCACACCACCCGACAGCCCUGGAAACCCCUUUAACUGUGCAUUCUUAGGGCCCGGCGACUUUGACCCCUCUGUUGAUGUUUACGCAAUCAAGAGCCAUGACAGUACUGUCAAGAAGGUGUACUUCAUGGCGAUCAUCGACAUCCUCACACAUUAUGAUGCGAAGAAAAAAGCUGCACACGCUGCCAAAACUGUGAAACACGGGGCAGGGGCCGAGAUCUCAACGGUGAACCCCGAGCAGUACUCCAAGCGCUUCUAUGAGUUCAUGUCUAAUAUCUUGUCAUAAACUCCUCUCCACUAAGCCUGCCCAGCCACAGAUCUGUCACACGUGUACACAUGCACGCACGCACGCACACACACGUACACAUUUUAUUCAGCCAAGUCUUUCUUGUCUUUCCUGACCCUCUUCAGCAUCCUUAGGUCAUGUUUUGAGGCUGUUACAAACCCCUUAACACAAAUAAUCAAACAAUGCCCCCCCUCCAUUAAUUUUAGAAAGAACAUCCUGACCACUUUGGUUUUGUUGAAUUUUUGUCUAAAUUAUUACUCCUGUUUUCUCGUCCUACCUUAUCACCCUUCUCGCCAGCACAGGAACUGUCUCACUGAUGCCUUGAACAAGUGUCUGCUUCAGCCGUUUCUAAGCACCGUCUUCUCACUUUCUAAUAUGUUGUAAUUCCUUUCAUUUCCAUUCGACGUGUACACACAAAAAAAAGACAGCAUGAUGUACUGUUGAGUCUUUUUCAAGCUUCUCUUUCCAUAUCAAUAACAGACAAACAAACCUGUUGACAAUUUGGAAGGAACAUCUAUCCAUUAUCCUGUUGAGGGUCACAGCAAUGUUGGAGCCUGCCCCAAUUUUCUUUGGGCAGUAGGCGGGGUGAACUGGUCACCAACCAAACAUUAACGUGCAUAUUGAUGUGCUACAAUAAGUAAAUGAAUGCAGUUAUCAAAAAUGCAUGGCUGAUGUGCACACGAGACCCCACCAGUACAUUUAACAUUGAACCACUCAACGUAACAUUUAAGUGUUAUAAUGAAUACAGGACAAAGACAAAAAAUUGGUGUUUGAAUGUUACGUUUCCAUAUCGAUUUUGAAUAUUUUGGAAUCCUAAACGUAAACUUGGUGUGAAAGUUGGUCAGAGAAAAAAAGAUUAAUUUAAAAAAGGAGGAAUUCAGCAGAAAAUAUGUUUUCAUAAGAAUAUUUUUUUUUAUAUCUUGUUUACAUUGAUGUAGCAAUUUUGUGUUUGUAUACAGUAUUGUUUUGUUAAUGACAGACAUUAGUAAAAAAGGUUACUUGAAAAUGGAUUCAUUGCAUAUUAAAGGGAGUUUUAUCUUGUCUGA